CCUGUCGAAAAUUACGCCAUUGUAAAGACAUUACCACUCAAUUGCCUGCGCCGGGGCUCCUUCAACACAGAAUCUCCUUCCAACACCAUACACUCACUGAAUGUAAAUGAUUUUCUGGACUUCGACCAGUUGCCCUCACUUCCAGCGUUUGCUACGACUUUACGACGACUCUCGCUAUACUUUUGUCCCUGUAUAAUUCACUUUCUUGAUUUCAUUCUCCGAUACUGGCCGUUGCCACGCCGUUCUUGCACUCCCGUCUCCUGACGAUUACGUUCUUGUUUGUUUGGAGAGACAACUACUCGGCCUCUUGCACGUGCGACCCUGGGGAUACUUUAAUGUCGAUGACUCUAUCAGCAUACAAACGAAUGGCUGUAUAGGUCCUCAUCCUCACAUUCUUCAACGUGUGGAAUACUGCUCAGUCCUCAUGGCGACUCGGGGGACCAUGCCUGCCCAUGCGCAGGCUUCAUUGCCCUCUCUACCUCCACAUUUACAAUCAGACACUCACUUGACCGCUCACCUGGCAAGCCGUUUUCACGUCUCCCUCCCAACUGCCAGGCUCUCCUCCCAGGCCUUGAUAUGCCUAAAUACCUACACCUCCAGCACACGAGGUCCCGAUGGUGAAAAGGAAGGAAGUGCCAAUGGGGAGGCUGAAGAUCUGGCUCGAAGGGCUUGGGCAAGGUUGGGAAGCCGCGCAGAGGACCAGGCUGUCGUCUUCUUUGGAGAGUCCGGCUCUGGCAAGACGACGGUCCGGUCACACCUUCUUACUUCCUUCCUGUCCUUUUCGUCCACACCACUGUCAAACAGACUUUCCCUCGCCGCCUUUGUUUUCGAUACCUUGACGACCACCAAGACUACGACCACGCUGACUGCCUCGAAAGCUGGACUAUUCUACGAGCUGCAGUACGAUGCGUCAUCUACCAUCCCUACCCUCAUAGGAGGCAAAUUGUUGAAUCAUCGUUUAGAAAAAGGUCGGAUCUCUCAUGUUCCAACAGGCGAGAGAAGUUUCCAUGUUCUGUACUAUCUUCUGGCAGGGACCAGUGCGGCAGAAAAGUCACAUCUGGGACUCACUGGACACACGAACAUCACGACUUCUAGCACCGGCCUCGGUAGAUCCGCUUCGGUCUCGCACAAGAGAUGGAGAUAUCUAGGCCAUCCCACACAAAUGAAGGUCGGGAUGAAUGACACGGAGGGAUUCCAGCAUUUCAAGACAGCUCUCCGUAAGCUGGAAUUUCCCAGAACUGAGAUUGCGGAAAUAUGUCAAGUUUUGGCCGCGAUCCUACAUAUCGGACAGCUCGAGUUUGGUACGGGUCAGGCUACAUUGACAGCGGCCGAAGAAAGCGGUGGCUACUCCCAUGAAGGUGGUGAGACGGUCACCGUGGUCAAAAACAUCGAAACGCUUGAGCUGGUUGCCGCUUUUCUUGGUUUGAACGUUUUGGAUCUUGAAGAGAGCCUGAGACACAAGACAAAGACGCUGCACCGCGAACGUGUCACUGUCAUGUUGGAUGCCAAAGGUGCCCGUGACAAUGCAGACGAACUUGCAACCACAUUAUACUCCCUCCUGGUUGCUUAUAUCAUCGAGAACAUCAACCAGAGCAUCUGUGCGGCCGAGGACUCGGUGGCCAACACUGUCUCCAUUGUCGACUUCCCAGGUUUUGUUGAGACCCCUUCGACCAGUUCGGUCCUCGAUCAACUCCUUAACAAUGCUGCAAACGAAUCGCUCUACAACACCUGUCUGCACAGCUUCUUCGAAAAGACAGCUGAAACGCUGGAGAGUGAAGAAGUCAGUGUCCCAGCGACAAGUUAUUUCGAUAAUUCAGACGCUGUACGGGGUCUUCUCAAGCAUGGCAAUGGUCUUCUGGCUAUUCUCGAUGAUCAGACUCGGCGAGGUCGUACUGAUAUUCAGUUCCUGGAAAGCAUUCGCAAGCGCUUCGAAAACAAGAACAAGGCUAUUACCGUCAGCAGUGCCACCUCCACGAUGCCCGGCAGCAAUUUUGCAACAUCCAACCUUGCGGCUUCCUUCACAGUGCGUCAUUAUGCUGGUGAAGUUGAUUAUCCUGUGAACAAGCUGGUGGAGGAGAACGGCGACGUGGUUUCUGGAGAUUUGAUGAACAUGAUGCGAGCCACAAAGAGUGAUUUCGUUGCCAGCUUAUUUGGCCAAGAGGCCCUGACCACCGUCAGCCAUCCUGCAGAAAGGACCGCGAUCGUCCAAGCCCAGCUUAGCUCUAAGCCUCUUCGAAUGCCCAGCGUUUCGAGAAGGAAGCACACUGAGCUACGUCGGAUGGCUAGCCGACGCGCCGACCGAUCCCCCGUACCAGAAGAGGAGGAACAGAUGCCAGUUGGUGAAGACCUAAGACUCCGGCGAACUAAAAGUACCGCAAUGGGCUUGACCCAGGGUGCCGCAGCACAAUUUCUGUCGUCUCUGGACAAUAUCACGAAAUCCCUUACUGCGCCAAAUGUCAACAACUACUUUGUGUUCUGCCUCAAGCCUAACGAUAGGAGAAUCGCCAACCAGUUCGACAGCAAAUGCGUCAGACAGCAACUUCAGAUGUACGGAAUUGCCGAAAUCAGCCAGAGACUUCGGAUAGCUGACUUCAGUGUCUUCCUGCCCUUCGGCGAGUUUCUCGGUCUCACCGAUGUGGACAAUGGUGUCAUUGGAAGCGAUGCCGAGAAAGCACAACUGGUGCUCGAUAGUAAACAAUGGCCUGGAAAUGAAGCAAGAAUCGGCAAUACAGGCAUUUUCCUCAGUGAAAGGUGCUGGGCUAGUAUCGCACUUACAGGCUCACAAAGUGCGGCCUAUUUUGGCGGCGAUGUGCCCUCACUUUCCCGGCCGGACACACCAGGCAUGAACCCUUUCAGUGACUCCAAGGCGAGAUUGAUUUCUGGCGAAGGUACUCCUUCUUCCUUCUUUGGUGAAGAAGGAAAAGGCGGAGGCUAUUUCGGUUCACGAGAACUCGAUACGAAAUCUGACGCGGGUGCCUCAGCAUUCAACUCUGGUGAUAUGUUCCGUAACCUGGAAACCAAAGAGGAGCUUGCCGAGAAAGCCAACAAGAAAAAGAUGGAAGAAGUCGACGUUGUCCCAGUCUCCCGAAGCCGAAAGAACUGGCUUGCAAUUGUUUACUUCUUGACCUGGUAUCUUCCGGACUUCUCCAUCAAAUGGGUUGGCCAAAUGAAACGUAAAGACGUCAGGAUCGCCUGGCGAGAGAAGUUCGCCAUCAAUCUUCUUAUCUGGCUAAGCUGUGGCUUCGUGGUCUUCUUCAUCAUUGUAUUUCCGCAACUCAUCUGUCCGAAGCAAGACGUUUAUUCAGCUGCGGAACUUUCGUCUCAUGAUGGCAAGGGGAAACACAGCUCAUAUGUGUCCAUUCGGGGCGUUGUUUUGGAUCUUGGCGCUUUCAUCCCCAGCCAUUAUCCAAGCAUUGUGCCUUCAAGCUCGCUCGAGAAGUAUGCCGGUCUUGACGCCACUGGUCUGUUCCCUGUCCAGGUUUCAGCUCUUUGCCAAGGCAAGGAUGGAAGUAUUGAUCCCACUGUGCAACUCGAUUACACCUCUACAAAUGUGUCCGGAUCUGCAAACGUCAUCAGCACAACAGACCCCAACAGGCGUUACCACGAUUUCCGCGCCUUCACCAAUGAUUCUCGGCCCGAUUGGUUUUUCGAGCAAAUGAUGAUGCUCAAAUCCAAUUAUAAGAAAGGCAAUGUUGGAUAUACUCCUCAAUACGUGAAGACAUUGGCCUCGAAACAAAAGUCGAUUGCGAUCCUUAAUAACCGGGUCUACGAUUUCACCACCUACAACCAAGGGGGGCGGAGUGCAAAAGCCGCGCCAGGUGAACAGGUUCCUAGCAACGUCGACACCGAUUUCAUGGAUUCUCUCGUUGUGGAUCUCUUCACACAAAGAGCUGGCCACGAUGUCACCAAGUACUGGAAUGCACUUCAAAUCGAUUCCGGGAUGAGGCAACGAAUGCAACUGUGCCUCGACAAUCUGUUCUUCGUAGGAGUUACAGAUACUCGAAACUCCACGCAGUGUCUAUUCGCACGGUACAUCCUGCUCGCUGUGUCGAUCUUGCUUUGCAGUGUCAUCGGUUUCAAGUUCUUUGCGGCACUACAGUUUGGUGGUCGGAAUAUACCCGAAAACCUGGAUAAGUUUGUUAUCUGCCAGGUUCCCGCAUACACCGAGGACGAAGAUUCGCUUCGACGAGCUAUUGAUUCUGCUGCUCGCAUGCGAUAUGACGACAAACGCAAAUUGCUCAUCGUGGUCUGCGACGGCAUGAUUAUCGGUCAAGGCAACGACCGACCCACACCUCGCAUUGUGCUGGAUAUCCUAGGUGUUUCCGAGACAGUCGAUCCCGAGCCACUUAGCUUUGAAUCUCUUGGAGAAGGCAUGAAACAACACAAUAUGGGUAAAGUGUAUUCUGGACUGUACGAGGUCCAAGGACAUAUUGUGCCCUUCUUGGUCGUGGUCAAGGUUGGCAAACCUUCAGAAGUCUCGAAGCCCGGCAACAGAGGCAAGCGUGACUCCCAGAUGGUCAUUAUGCGAUUUCUGAAUCGUGUUCACUAUAACCUACCCAUGAGCCCUCUAGAGCUUGAGAUGCAUCACCAUAUCCGCAACAUUAUUGGUGUCAAUCCCACAUUCUAUGAGUUCAUGCUCCAAAUCGAUGCUGAUACUGUUGUGGCGCCAGAUUCGGCUACGCGCAUGGUUUCGGCGUUCUUGCGCGACACACGACUGAUAGGUGUCUGCGGAGAGACGUCGCUCAGCAACGCCAAGUCGUCGUUCAUCACUAUGAUCCAGGUUUACGAGUACUACAUCUCGCACAAUCUGACAAAGGCCUUCGAAUCGUUGUUUGGAUCGGUGACAUGCUUGCCUGGCUGCUUCACCAUGUAUCGCAUUCGAGCUGCCGAGACUGGCAAGCCUCUUUUCGUCAGUAAGGAAAUCAUCAACGACUAUUCCGAGAUUCGAGUCGACACUCUACACAUGAAAAACUUGCUCCAUUUGGGAGAAGAUAGAUACUUGACCACCCUGCUUAUGAAGUAUCACGCGAAGUAUAAGACCAAGUACAUCUUUCAUGCACAUGCCUGGACUAUUGCGCCCGACAGCUGGAAGGUCUUCAUGUCCCAGAGACGACGCUGGAUUAACAGUACAGUGCACAACCUGAUCGAGCUCAUUCCGUUGCAACAACUCUGUGGUUUCUGCUGUUUCAGUAUGAGAUUUGUUGUCUUCUUGGACCUGUUGUCGACCAUCGUGGCACCAGUCACAGUCGCAUACAUUGUAUACCUGAUUGUCCUCCUCGCAACCUCAUCGAGUGUUAUACCCAUAACGGCCUUCAUCUUGCUCGGUGCCAUCUACGGUCUUCAAGCCAUCAUCUUCAUCCUGCGACGAAAGUGGGAAAUGAUUGGUUGGAUGAUUGUGUAUAUCCUUGCCAUGCCUGUCUUCUCUUUGGGCCUGCCGUUGUACGCCUUCUGGCACAUGGACGACUUCAGCUGGGGCAACACUCGUCUCGUGACUGGUGAGAAGGGCAAGCAGAUUGUCAUUUCGGACGAAGGCAAGUUCGACCCUGACUCCAUCCCCAAGAAGAAGUGGGAAGAGUACCAAGCGGAACUUUGGGACGCUCAGACUCAACGGGACGACGCCAAAUCCGAGAUAUCGGGAUACAGCUACGGGACCAAGUCUUACUAUCCCGCCGGCUCAGUUUACGGUGGCGGCUACGACACACAACAUCUCAUGCCGACCUCGAGGUCCGUUUCUCAGCUCGACAUGCAUCAGUCGGUCUACGGAGGCGGUUAUAACCAGUCGCGCAUGUCACUGGCCCCCUCCGAGAUGCUGCCCAGCGGCCGUUCUGUCGCCGACAUGGAGAUGGCCGACCUGACCGGCCUGCCCACCGACGACAUGAUUCUGAACGAGAUUCGAGAGGUUUUGAAGACGGCAGACCUCAUGACCGUAACCAAGAAGGGCAUCAAGUUGGAGCUGGAGCGUAGGUUCAACGUCAACCUUGACGUCAAGAGAGCAUACAUUGGAAGUGGUAAGUCAAUCCCAUCUGGACGGUAUUGUCGACGAUUUUGAUACUGACCGUUUUUUCUUCCCCGCAGCAACCGAGGCCAUUCUAUCCGGCCAACUGUGAUGAUCCUUUUGCGUUUCGUACGUGUGUCAGUUAGCGUUCCCCGGGGUUUCGAUCUUGUAACAUAUAGGGGGGUUUAGGCAGGCAGCCAGAGAAUCUGCCGGCGAACGUGAGGUGUUUGUUUCCUCCCUCAGUGAAAGGUAGAAAAUCUAGACGGACGGUGUGUAAUGAGGUCCAUACAAAUUAAAAGAAUGUGGAGGGCUUUUGUGGCAUAUCUUCAGGGCUCGCUUUUGGCAAAAAGAAAGUCUCAUCGUGUCUAGUGCAUGGGUAACAAUAAAUCACAAGAUCUGAGAAAACACAUUUGACGCGUACAGAA